AACAGCCAUUCAUGUUUACAAUCAUAUGAUAGAGGUGAAAUCUGUAGCGUUACCAAAUACGCUCAAAGAAGCUUGGUGAGGUGAAACGUUAUUUGUCAACGGAAGUUGUUUAUAGUUCAGGCGAUAAUGUCUCGAGUUCUUAUAGUUGGUGCAGGUUUGACAGGUAGUUUAUGCGCUUGUCUUCUGCGAAGAGAAAUGCCAAACAAAGUUGUUGUUGUCUGGGAUAAAUCGCGAGGAGCAGGAGGUAGGAUGUCCACCAGCAGAAGUCCGUCUGAUGCCUCCUGUAUAGUUGAUCUUGGUGCACAGUACAUUACUGCCACGCCCUACUACGCCCAAAUGCAUCACAACUUCUAUGAAGAGCUGCUGGCCCAUGGUGUUCUGAAGCCCCUGGUUUCCUCUGUGGAAGGGGAGGUGAUGAAGGAGGGAGGCCAAAAAAACUAUGUCAGUCCAACAGGAGUGUCCUCCAUCGUCAAACAUUUCCUCAAGCAGUCAGCAGGGGCAGAGGUGUUCUUUGACCACCACGUCACCCACAUCUACCAGAAGGGCGCCAGCUGGGAGGUGUGUCGGAAGGGCGGGGCCCCGGAGCAGUUUGACGCUGUGGUCCUCACUAUGCCCGUACCGCAGAUCCUACAGCUGCAAGGAGACGUGGGCUCCUUGCUAGAGAAGAGUCAGCGGCAGCAGCUUGAGGCGGUGAGCUAUACUUCGCGCUACGCCCUGGGCCUCUUCUACGAAGCCCAGGCUCACAUCGACGUCCCCUGGGCCGCCAAGUACAUUUCCAAUAAUCCCUGCAUUCGCUUCAUCGCCAUUGACGAUAAAAAGCGCAAUUUAGAAUCCCCUGAGUGCGGUACCUCCAUGGUGGUCCACACCAGUGUUCCCUUUGGUAUCAAACACCUGGAGGAGGCCAAGGAGCAGGUGGAGCCUCUCAUCCUGGAGGAGCUGAACAAGCUGCUGCCUGGCCUGCCACAGCCCGACAGCAUCAAGUGCCAGAAGUGGAGAUACUCACAGGUGAGGAGCUCUGUGGCUGACUGCCCGGGGCAGAUGACGCUGCUGUCCCAGCCUCUGUUGGUGUGUGGGGGUGACGGCUUCACACAUUCCAAUUUCGAUGGCUGUAUCGAGUCUGCCCUGAAGGUGUUUGACGUUCUGAAGUCCUCUCUCUGAUGCCGCCUUCGGGGGGUAGGGGGAAUGGGAUUAUAGUGUGGGGGGGGGGUUUAUGUGUACAGUAUGUUAGCCCAGAGAGGGGUGGUACUGCCAUUGAUCCAUUAACCUAACCCCCCCAUCUCUGUGAAUGAAUGGAAUCUGUAAAACAUCAGUUAAAUCAUCCACUGAGGUACUUGAUAUGGUGUGCAAUGCUACAGUCAACACCAUAUGUAUUUGGACAGUGAAGCUACAAUUUAAAACGUCUCUUUACUCUAGAAUUUUUGGAUUUCAGAAUAUUUCAUAUUAGGCGACAGUACAAAAUGUCACCUUUUGUUGGUGGUAAUGUUCAUACAUAUCUGUUUUUACCAUUUAGAAAUGAAAGCACUUUAUGUAUCUAGUCGUCCCCCCCUCCCCCAU